AUGCCGUCGACUAACAAUAAUCCCGACAAACCUUGGGAUACCGAAGAUGUGGACAAGUGGAAGAUCGAGCCAUUCAAGAAAGACGACAACAAAGGUGGCACAUUCCUCGAGGAGUCGAGUUUCGUCGUCCUCUUCCCCAAAUACAGAGAGCAGUACCUAAGAGAGGCUUGGUCUGGCGUGACCAAGUCGUUGAAGGAGCUGGGCAUAGCGUGCAGUCUCGACCUGAUCGAGGGUAGUAUGGCUGUAAAGACGACCCGCAAAACCUUCGACCCAGCCGCCAUCCUAAAAGCAAGGGAUUUGAUAAAGCUAUUGGCGAGAAGUGUCCCCGCCCCGCAGGCACUACGAAUACUCCAAGACGACGUUGCGUGUGACGUGAUCAAGAUCAGGUCUCUGAUAAAUAAUAAGGACAAAUUCGUCAAGAGGCGCCAGCGUUUGCUAGGGCCUGGCGGCCAGACUCUGAAGGCUCUGGAGCUGUUGACCGACACAUAUAUAUUGGUCCAAGGCAACACAGUAUCGGCCAUAGGCGGCUACAAGGGCUUAAAGGAGGUGCGCAGACUCGUUGAGGACUGUAUGAACAACAUACAUCCCAUAUACCGGGUAAAGGAGUUGAUGAUAAAGCGGGAGCUCGCGAAAGAUCCGGAAUUGGCCAACGAGGACUGGUCCAGAUUCUUACCCAACUACAAGAAGCGCAACCUCAGCAAGCGCAAGGUGCCGUUCAAGGUCACGGACAAGAGCAAGAAGGUCUUCACGCCAUUCCCGCCGGCGCCCGAGCGCAGCAAAGUCGAUCUGCAGAUCGAGGCGGGCGAGUACCACAUUGGUCGCGACGCCAAGAAGCGCAUCGCACAGGAGGAGCGCUUGGAGAAGCAGAAGGCCCGCAAAGAGGAGAAGAAGCGCGAGCGCGAGGCCGACUUUGUGGCGCCUGACGAGGCAACCGGCGAGCCCCAGCGCAAGAAGAAUAAGCGGAAGUCUAGGGACGUCGAGGAAGAGGAGUAG